GUUUCUAGAAGUAUGAAAGAAAACAAUUAUUUUUUAAAACUAAAAUCAUCUAUCACUAUAAAUACACUACUCCAUUAUUCGUCUCACAUUCUCUCAAUUUUCGGGUUUUUUUCUAGGUUUUUUCUUCCCUUCUCACUUCUCCCAAAUUUACAAUGGCCUCAUCAUCAUCGGCGCCGGAGAUUCACCAUCAAUCAAUGGCUUCAUCAUCAUUAGAACCGCCUCAGAGCAAGAUUCUGACCUUGAGAUCUUCCGACAAUGACGAAUUUCAGGUCGAAGAAUCCAUCGCCAUUCAAUCUGGAACUAUCAAAAAUAUGGUAGAGGACGGUUACACAGACAUUCCGCUCAUGAACAUCAAUAGCGAAGUCCUAACUAAAAUUCUAAAUUACCUGAUGAAGCACGCGGAGAAGACUGGUGCUAGUGAAGAAGAACUGAAAGAAUUCGACAAUGAAUUCGCUAAGAUGAGCUUUAAAAAACUGUCUGUUUUUGUAUUCGCUGCAAACUUCCUUCACAUUAGUGGUUUGAUGAGUCUGUUGUGCCAGACGAUUGCUGAUAAAAUUAAGAACAAAUCGGUGAAUGCUGUUAGGCAGAUUUUCAAUAUUACUAGUGAUUACACACCAGAGGAAGAAGCAGAGGUUCGCGCUGAACAUGAGUGGGCACAUGAAGGAGAGUUCGACGACACUAUUGAUGAUGACGACGACACAUCAGAGGAAGAAGAAAAAUCAGUGGUUUGUGAUGAAGGAGAGAGUGACGACGAAUGUACAUCGAAGACACUGUUGAAUAAUUAGUUUGUGUUUCAAUUAAUGGAGUAAUUAGGGGUUUUAAUUAGUUUCUGGAAACUAAACUUGUAAUUUGCUGCUCUGUUUAAUUGACAUAUGAUUUGCUUCUUUUGUUUUUU